GACUGUGACUAAGUGUGCAGCUCCAUGCGUUCUCCCCAUGAGCAAAAUUGAACUCUGUCUCUGCUUGGCUCCUUGCCUGUUUAAUAAAUGGCAUCAGUGUUUGAACCUGACAAAAGUGAUGAUUAUUACCAAGUACUAGAUUUCCUUUGGUUAAAAAUAAAAAUAAAAAAUACUCCUGAUUGUAUUUUGGCAGAGGUUCUAGUUUUGUUUUUUUAAGACGUUUGCUUCCUGGUGGCAGAAGGCGUGUUGUAGUGUCUUUAACAUUCCGGCAGGCUUCAAAACAAAAUCAUUCGUGGCUGUCAGCGUCGGGGAAAGAUGGCAUCGGAGCUUUGGGUGUUGUUCCUCAUUUGUGGGAUCAGUGGACUGUUUACUGGAGCAGAGUCGUCUGAAAAUGAAGCCUCUGUGAGAAAUCCAGAUAAUCAGUGUCCUGAAGGCUGGACUCGGUUGGACAAUCGUUGUUUCAUCCUCGGUACGAUACCAAUGAAUUUUACCGCAGCAGAGGCGACCUGCAACCAGUUUGGUGGGAAUUUGGCAUCCAUCCACAACCAAAUGGAAGUAUCAGUCAUUAAUGGGCUCACCUUCAUUCGAGAUAUUUCUGAACCGUGGAUUGGACUCCGGAAUGAGUUCUUGCAAUGUCAUGAACAGGUGGAUUUGGAUUUGUCUUGGACUGACCAAUCAGAAGUUGACUUUUUUUUGAGGCCGUCCGACAAUGAUGGAGAAUGUGGAACACAGAAUGUUGACGACGGGGAAACCUUUUGGAAAUUCUCUCCUUGCGAUACGGAAAGACCAUUUGUUUGUGCCAGAGACGUGUACCAGUGUGUGUCCAUCUGCAUGCAGGAGGUGGGGCCUUUGACCUUCCCGCAAGAAUUACAAUCUACAAAUCCCCUGAUAUAAGAACAACAAACAAAAAAUGAAUAAAUUAAUCAUUCAUUUUAA